UUUGCUAUGUCGUGUUUUAUCUCCUUGUUUUAGGUCGAUAUAUGCCAACCGUGCGUCACCCAACUAACGUUAACUGAAAGUGAAAGUGAAAGUAAACCACCCAACGUUUUAGCAGUUAGCUAGCUAGCUUUCCGUGGACUGUGAGCGAAAACAUCCGAUCAGAUUCAGCCUCUUGCAGUCUGACCGUCCACCAAUUGAAAAUGAGGGAAGUGGCAGCAUGUGCAUUAUUCAUUUUGUUAUUCGACAUGGUGCUGUGUUUGGCGCUGUGGGCCGGACUGGUGCUGCUGAAGUGCUCCAGUUGUGGUGGACUGGCAGGUGUGUGGGCCUUUGGUGCAGUGAAGUGGGCCAGUCUCCAUGUCUUCACCUCUGUACUGACUGAUGGAAAGCCCCAGGCUGUGCUCUGCAGGUUGGUAGCACUUCUCUGCCUUCUUUCUCCUGUGUUUGAAAGUGGACGGAUCCUUAUGGCACCUUCAGAGCCUUACAUGGGACCACCUCCUGACCUCAGCAUGCUGCUACUGGGCCCGAUGGCCUCGUCACUGGCCUGUGUGGUUUGGGAAAAGGGCCUCUGUGGCGAUGGAAAGAUGAGAAAGGACGACAAUAAACUGGAUACCAGGCGGUUGCUUAUGAGGAUGCUGAAAUACUUCAGACCAGACACCCUUUACCUCAUUGCAGCUUUCAGUUUCCUCAUCUUAGGUGUUAUCUGUGAUACAUUUAUCCCAUUGUAUCAGGGGAAUGUAAUUGAUAUGCUAAGAGGUCAAGUGCUUCCAACCAGCUUCUGUUAUGCAAUUGGACAGCUGGCACUUGCCUCUCUUGGAAGCGCUCUGUUCUCUGGCUUAAGAGGAGGCAUAUUUAUGUGCACCCUGGCCAGACUGAACAAGAGACUGAAGCAUCUGCUGUUUCACACCCUCCUGCAGCAGGAAGUGCACUUCUUUGAGGAGAACAACCCUGGACGUCUUUCCUCCCGCCUGCACUCUGAUGUGGACAGGAUGGGCCGCACAGUAGCUCUGAACGCCAACGCACUGGUUCGCAGCACAGUCAAAACCUGCCUCAUGCUCGCAGUGAUGUUAAACCUGUCCUGGGAGCUCACUGUGCUGACCUGCAUAGAGAUGCCGCUCUUGGCCAUCGUGCAGAACAAAUACAUCACCUGGUACAAGGAGCUGAAGGAUCAGAUCCAGGACUGCCACGCUCAGAACAAAGACUUUGCUUUCCAGACGAUCAGCGGGAUUCGCACGGUCCGCAGCUUCAAAGCAGAGAAAGAUGAACUGAGGAGGUAUAAUGAGGCUCUGGACCAGAUGUGCACAGUCAGGAGACGUUCAGGAAUCUACAGCGCAAUCUUCCUCUUAAUACGGAGGCUGGUGGGUGUGGGGAUAAAGAUACUCAUGCUGAUACAGGCCCGCAGUCUCAUCUCGUCCGGUCACCUCAGCAUCGGUAGUCUCGUGUCCUUUUUCUUGUACCAGAAGCCCAUGUCAAACAAUUUAAGGGAGAUUUUGUAUUGCUAUGGAGAGACAAUGUCCACAGUUGGAGUCAUCUCCAAAGUGUUCAGCUAUCUUGACAGAACACCAGAGUGUAAGAAGGAGGGAGAGUUGGCUCCUGAGAAGCUGGAGGGAAGAAUUGUUUUCCAAAAUGUCACCUUCACCUACCCCUCAGCUCCUCCAGAGAAACCAGCACUGGCGUCAGUUUCUAUGGAACUUCAGCCAGGGAAGAUGACAGCCCUGGUGGGCCCCUCCGGCAGUGGAAAGACUUCCUGUGUCAGCCUCCUGAAGAGGCUGCACGAACCUCAAAAGGGACAGAUCCUGCUGGAUGGAGAACCGCUGCACCAAUACAAAAACAAAUACCUCCAUCAAAAGAUGGCCUUGGUAUCCCAGAAUCCUGUGCUGUUUUCUGGUUCACUGAGAUACAACAUUGAAUACGGCCUGAAGGACUGCACCAUUGAGAAGGUUAAAGAAGCUGCAAAGAAGGCCAACGCAGAUGACUUCAUCUCUGAACUGGAGAACAAAUAUGACACAGAUAUAGGCGAAUGUGGUGGCAAACUUUCAGAUGGACAGAAGCAGUGCAUUGCCAUCAUCAGAGCUCUGGUUCGAGAUCCGCAGGUCAUCAUACUGGAUGAGGCUACCAGCAAAUUGGAUGUUGAAAUGCAGCAUGCUGUGCUGCAGGAGGUUCUGGCUCGUGGUCGGACAGUCCUGGUGGUGGCUCAUCAGCUGAAGACUGUGGAGAAGGCAGAUCACAUUAUCUUCAUAGAGAAGGGAGAGGUCGUGGAGGAGGGGACGCACCAAGAACUCAUGGCCAAGAGGGGACGCUACCAUCGUUUGAAAGAGGAACUGUUCUCUCAAGACAGCUGAGAAUGUAUUUUCACAGUUUGUACAUGAAUUUUUGUUGUAAUAAGUGUCUGCAGAUUAAAAUGUGUAGGCUAAAUAUUCUCCCUGGUCUGGUAACCUGCCUGUUUUUCAUCUUGUAAGGCGUAAGGAUUUCUCAGUACAAAAGCAUCCAGUAUAUGAAGUGGAAUGAUGAGGUGCGGUCUGCAUGUUUAAUGAGUAAAAAAUAUAUACCGUCUAAAACAGUUUGAUGUCAUCACACAAAGGUGACAUCAGAAAGAACUGAAAUGUUCUAGUGAGCUGAUAAAUUAUCACUAUUGUUUUUAAUGCACGUUUCACUUGAAAGGAAGAAUAUGUUUUAGUUUUUUUGUGAACCAUUUUUUAGUAAAAGGAUCUGAAUACUUUGAUACUACUUACUUUUGAUAAUACUUUACUUGUACUUGAGUAAAAUGACUUGCAUUGUGGCAUUUCUGCUUUUACUUAAGUAAAACAUCAGAAUACAUUUUCCCCACUGUUUGUUUGUUUUCUUGUGUUUUAUUUUUUUUUUUUUGUUUGUUAGUUGAGGUGUAAAAAUAACUAAAUAUGUAAUGAAGCCUUGCUGGUUUAAAGUCGUCCCUCCAGUGAAAUACAUGUUUUUCUUCUUGUUCCUUCACUUGGAUGUUUAAGGCUGUUUCCACAUUUAUCUGCUGAAGGAGGAAAGAUUGUAUCACUGUAUUUUACUCCUGUUCACAAACACUGCGAAUGGACUUUGAAGCAGGAGACAUCUUGUGUCCAGCAGUUAAACUUUUGAAAUAAACAAUUCUGGAGUAGA